GACCGCCCUGACUCAACUUCUGCCCUGCCGCCCGUAAAUUCACCGCAGAUUGCGGGGGAUUAGUGCUUCGUUGAAUGGCAACGGACACGCCCGCCCCUGGGAUCACAAGCUGAUCAAACGACGGAUUGGCCGUAUAUAAGGACAGUCUAAGUCUGGAUGUAAGUACCUGCUGCCGCGAUGCUGCGAUACCCAUCCUUGCUGCUUGCUGGACUUAUCUUUGCUGGGUUCGCCAAUGCGGACGUGACGCUCUACCAAGUCAGCGCGUCACAUGCAGAUCCAGACGCUCCCACUGUCAGCAUCGACAUAAGCUACAUCGUCUCUGCGGUCGGCACCGCUGAGGAUGGUUCUGCGACGACCUAUGUUGCUGAGGAGGUCAUGUCGCGCGAGCAAGCAAUCUACAGCACAAAGACCGCGACUUUGGUAUCUGAGCCUACUACCUUUACUCGUAAGUGUUCCCGCCUUCACCCCUUCUUGACCUCUCUGUGUUGUGUGGCUAACUUUGUCACCCCAAGGGACCUUCAUCCAGGGCGCAUCCACCUACGCGCUCGCGUUCACCGCACCCGAGGAGACGACGACGCUAUCAGACGAGAACGGCCAGCCAACAGCGACAUCGACGCGCACUAGGCUCCUGGAAGGGUACUCCAUAGGCUGCAACCUCAACACCGCGGCUGGCGACGGCAGCUGCGAAGUCAGCAUCGAUGGUCCGGGAACGCAGAGGACGUAUACGGGCCCGCUCACGCCUUUUUAUACAUUGGCGUCGGAGAAUGGGGCGGUCAGUGGUCUGCGGAUAUCGAGGAGUGUUGUUUGGUCGGUCUUGGGCGGAGUGGGUUUGGGUUUUUGGGUAACGCUUU